GAUUGGUUGUUGAAGCUAUUGAAAGAAAUUCAACUAGAUCAAUUCUACAUCAAAUUAAGAGAUGAUCUGCAGGUUACCAGGCUAUCACAUUUCGACUAUGUCAAACCGGAAGAUCUUGAAGGAAUAGGAAUGGGUCGGCCAGCCAUCAGGCGUCUGCUUGACUGUGUUAAAAAACACCAAGGAAGAAAAUCAUUCCUAACUAAGAUUCUUCCAGUUAAACAGUCCGUAACCACACCACAGCAACAACCAACAUCCCCAGUGAUGUUGAUGUCAUCGAUGAUGUCAUCAAACAGUGAUGCGCUGAAAUGUUUAAUAAAUGAGAAAGAUCUUCAUUUUGUUUGCAAGCUUGGGGAUGGUUCAUUUGGUGUGGUUAGAAAGGCUAUCUGGAUGACUUCACCUGUUAAUAAGGUUGACUGGCUUAUUCCAGUAGCAGUAAAAACAUUGAAAGGUGAGAUGGAUGGAUCGAUGGAGGAGUUUAUGGAUGAAGUGAGAACGAUGUACUCACUCGACCAUCCAAACAUCAUCCAUUUAUAUGGGGUUGUACUUUCAAAUCCGCUCAUGAUGGUUACAGAACUAGCUCCACUAGGCUCCUUGCUAACGUACCUUCGGCACCCCGACCACCACUGCCGAAACCUGCCUCUGCUGACCACACUGCACAGCUACAUGCUGCAGAUCUGUGAUGGCCUGGUCUACCUUCAAUCACUCCAUCUCAUUCAUAGAGACCUUGCUGCCAGGAAUAUUUUUAUGAUGUCACUUGAGAGGGUGAAGAUAGGUGAUUUUGGGCUGAUGAGAUCGUUGUCAUCGCACGGAGAUCAUUACGUCAUGAGUGAGAAGAAGAAGAUGCCAUUUGCAUGGUGUGCCCCUGAAAGCUUGAAGCUCCGACAUUUCUCACACGCCAGCGAUUGUUGGAUGGUUGGCGUGGUUAUGUGGGAGAUUUUCAGUGGGGGGGAAGAACCCUGGGUGGGCCUCAACGGGGGGGAGAUAUUACAACGUAUCGACUCACCGAACGAUCGAUUAGUGAGACCGAGGAGAUGUCCGAGCAGGUUCUACGAGCACAUCCUCAAAAAGUGUUGGGCGUGCAGGCCGAGCGAUCGUCCGGAUUUUAAAACUUUGAAG